UGUAAAACUCUCUCUGGCGUCUGUGAUCACAUUAUCUCACUCUCUUCUGAUCCACUGGUUUCCCAGUCUGCUCACCUUGAAGUGAUCCAGCUUACAAACAUCAAGCCAAGUGAAGGGCUGGGUAUGUACAUUAAAUCAACAUAUGAUGGUCUCCAUGUAAUUACUGGAACAACAGAAAAUUCACCUGCAGAUCGGUGCAAGAAAAUCCAUGCUGGGGAUGAAGUGAUUCAAGUUAACCACCAAACUGUGGUGGGGUGGCAGUUGAAAAAUUUGGUGAAUGCACUACGAGAGGAUCCGAGUGGUGUUAUCUUAACUUUGAAAAAGCGACCUCAGAGCAUGCUUACCUCAGCACCAGCUUUACUGAAAAAUAUGAGAUGGAAGCCCCUUGCUCUGCAGCCUCUUAUUCCUAGAAGUCCUACAAGCAGUGUUGCUACCCCAUCCAGCACUAUCAGCACACCUACAAAAAGAGACAGCUCUGCCCUUCAGGACCUCUACAUACCCCCUCCUCCAACAGAACCUUAUGUUCCAAGGGAUGAAAAGGGAAAUCUCCCAUGUGACGAUGUUGGCAGACACAUAGUGGGAAAGCCGGUUCAUACAGGAUCCGAAUCUCCAAACUCAUUUCUUGACCAGGAAUAUCGGAAACGCUUUAAUGUGGUUGAAGAAGAUGCAGUUUUAUAUUGCUAUGAAUAUGAGAAAGGGAGACCAAGUGGUCCUGGAAGGAGAGAGAGCACACCAACAUAUGGGAAACUAAGGCCUAUUUCUAUGCCAGUAGAAUAUAACUGGGUGGGGGAUUAUGAAGACCCCAAUAAAAUAAAAAGAGAUAGUAGAAGAGAAAAUUCAUUGCUUCGCUAUAUGAGCAAUGAGAAAAUUGGUCAAGAAGACUACAUGUUUCAAAGAAACAGUAAAAAGGAUACUGGGAAAAAGUCCAAAAAGAAGGGAGACAAGAGUAGUAGUCCAAGUCAUUACUCACUGUUGCCUAGUUUACAAAUGGACUCAUUGAGACAAGAAGUCAUGGGCACACCUGGACCAGAAACUGCUUUGUACCACACAUUUCAGCAGUCUUCUCUACAGCAGAAAAGCAAAAAGAAGAACAAAGCUCCUAUUCCUGGUAAAAGCAAAAGACGGAUCUCAUGCAAAGAUCUUGGUCGAGGGGACUGUGAAGGCUGGCUUUGGAAAAAGAAAGAUGCCAAGAGUUACUUCUCCCAGAAAUGGAAAAAAUACUGGUUUGUCCUGAAGGACACAUCUCUAUAUUGGUAUAUCAAUGAAGAGGAUGAAAAAGCAGAAGGAUUCAUCAGUCUACCUGAAUUUAAAAUUGACAGAGCCAGUGAAUGCCGCAAGAAAUAUGCAUUCAAAGCCUGCCAUCCUAAGAUCAAAAGUUUUUAUUUUGCUGCUGAACAUCUAGAUGAUAUGAACAGAUGGCUAAACAGAAUUAACAUGCUUGCUGCUGGCUAUGCAGAAAGAGAGAGGAUCAAACAAGAGCAAGAUUACUGGAGUGAGAGUGAUAAGGAGGAAGCUGACACUCCAUCAACACCCAAACAAGACAGCCCACCACCCCCGUACGACACAUACCCACGACCUCCUUCGAUGAGCUGCACAAGCCCUUACGUGGAGCCAAAACACAGCCGACUUUCGUCCACGGAGACCUCUCAGUCGCAGUCAUCACACGAGGAGUUUCGUCCGGAGGCGGCGGGGAGCGCCACCGACUCACCGGUGCGCAAGACGGCAAGCCAGCGGCGCUCCUGGCAGGACCUCAUAGAAACACCGCUGACAAGCUCAGGGCUCCACUACCUGCAGACGCUGCCGCUGGAGGACUCCGUGUUCUCUGAGGCGGCCGUGGUCUCCCCCGAGCACCGGCGACAGUCAACCUUGCCCACCCAGAAGUGCCACCUGCAAGACCACUACGGCCCCUUCCCCCUCGUGGAGGGUGAGCGGAUGCAAGUGCUGAAUGGGAAUGGGGGAAAGCCCCGAAGUUUCACUCUGCCUCGGGAUAGCGGCUUCAACCACUGCUGCCAGACCCUUUCAGUCGGUGCUGCCGAUCACCAUGAAGAAGUGCAGCAGAAGGAGGUGGAGGAGGAGGAGGAAGAGGAAGGCAAAGCAGCAGAAGAAAACCAGGAAGAUAAAA